CUUGAACUCUCACUUUUAUCUGUGUCUGUCUCUUACUGUCUGCCUGUCCUGUUUCUCUCCCUCUCACUUUUCCAGCAAGGUGUUGAUCCCACCGUAGGAUGCUGCGGGGCUGCGCUGCUUUCUUCUGCCCUGUCCCUCUCUGACCCUCUAAUCUCGCACACACCUGCGCUCAGUUUUCUGGCUGUGCUAGCACUGGCUCCAGCAGUGACUCACCUGCCUCAGUGGCCAUGCCUUUUGGUUGUAUCAGCUCUCGCAAUGAGAAAACUUACAACUGUUUCUCCGACAUCACAGAUAAAUAUGAGAUUGGUCAGCUGUUAUGUGCGAAGGAGUUCUGUGAGAUCUGUCUCGCCAGAGAGAUGCAGACGGACCGUUUCUUUGUGUGCAAAAAGUUCCUGAAAAAGGAUGGCAGGAAAGUGAGGAGAGCAGCAAAAAACGAAAUUACGAUUCUUAAAAUGGUCAAUCAUCCCAACAUCUUACAGCUUAUUGAUACAUUUGAAACCAAGAAAGAAUUUUACAUCAUCCAAGAACUGGCCACAGGUGGAGAUGUUUUUGAAUGGAUUCUGGAGCAGGGAUAUUAUACUGAGAAAGAUGCCAGCAACGUGAUCCGACAGGUGCUUGAGGCUGUAGCCUAUCUGCACAGCUUGCACAUCAUCCAUAGGAAUCUGAAGCUGGAAAAUUUAAUGUAUUACAAUCAGCACAAUCAUUCUAAAGUGGUCCUACGGGAUUUUUACCUGUCCUGUUUUGAAAGUGCAGAAAUCACUGAGCCAUGUGGAACCCCUGAGUACUUAGCUCCUGAGGUUGUAUCACGACAUAGAUAUGGGCGCCAAGUCGAUUGCUGGGCAGUUGGAGUUAUUAUGUACAUUCUUCUAUCCGGGAACCCUCCUUUUUAUGAUGAUACAGAGGAAGAAAACACUGAUAGUCACAACAGAAAAAUCUUUCGCAAGAUUCUUGAUGGAGAAUAUGAGUUUGAUUCUCCUUACUGGGAUGUCAUCUCUGCAUCAGCAAAAGAUCUCGUGUCUCGCCUAAUGGAGAUGGAUCAGGAGCAGAGGAUCACCGCACAAGAGGCGCUGGGUCACAUAUGGAUUGCUGGGAAUGCAGCAUCUGAAAGAAAUCUUAAAGAAGGUGUAUGUGCUCAGAUUGAGAAAAACUUUGCCAAAGCAAAAUGGAGAAAAGCCAUUCGAGUUACUACAUUCAUGCAACGUUUGAGAGCUCCAGAGGGUAGUGCUGGGCGCCUCCCUGUCACACCUAGAUCUUCCAUGAGUGUAUCGCAUGAGGUUACUGUGGAAACCAGUUCACCUUCUCCUUCUCUACACAAUCCUGAAAAAGUGGACUUAAGCUCCAACCAAAUUCACAUAGCCUCUGAGAGUGGAGGACACUUAACAGAACCAGAACUUGGAGGGCCUUAGUGGCUGCUUUACCCCACCUGCCAGACAGAUGUCCUAUAACAGGUCAAAAACCACCAAGGUGCCCUGAAUGCAGAACAUCUGAGUGCUGAUAUCUCUACACAAUAUUUCAGCUUUAUUCUCAUUGACCUGGGCGUAGUAAAGUUUUACAUCUGCUGGCUGGUGGGGGUUGGUGGAAAGGUCAGGCCCUGGGUUAGAAGCUCAGGUCAAUGGGUUGUGAAUAAGCAAGACCCUUGUGAAGACAAGAAGACAGACUAUAUGGGAGAUGGACAUAUCAGACCCAUAACCAAGAAGACACUAGGUUAGUGAGAGUAGAUUAAUCCAGAUCAUGGAUAAGAGAAAAAAGUGUAGUUUACCAUAAUCUGAGGGAAAAUAAAAAAAAAGAGUAAGUUAUAUCCAAGCUUUGAAGUAUAAAAAAACAAAGUAGGAGUUACAGCAGAGACCACAUUUUUUGGAAGUAAUGGAAACUAAAGCAUUACUAAAACCAAGAUUUGGAAGACAAGUUCAAUAGUGGUAAACAGUAGAUUAUAUAACAUAAAUAGAGUUAAUCAGGAGAGAGAUAAUGUGAUGGAGGGUUCUAAAUGGAAGAGAUGAUGCAAGAUGGUGAGAAACCAGACAAAACUCUGUAGGAUAGAGAAUGAUUGGAUCAUAUGAAAUCUAACAGUGCACAUCAAGAGUAGUAAACAACCUAGCCCAGUUUAGCCCAGUUACAGUAGAAAUACCAUAUCCAGAUGAAAAGAAGGAUCAAUGAUCCAAAUAAGCAACAAGAAAUUGGAGGAGGAUUUAUACCAUGGGUGAUGGUACAAGAUUAGAUAUUUUGGAGGAAAGAUCAGAUUCUUUAUGAGGAGAUAUUAAGCCAUGAUAUAUUAAGCCAUAUAUAUUAAGAUAUUAAGAUAUAUAGAUAUUAAGCCAUGAUAUAUUAAGCCUGUUGGGUAUAGAAGACAUAUAUUUAAGAGAAUUAAUAUAUGCCACAUGCUUGUGAGAAAGGAAUGUGAAGAGUGAAUGGUAGGUCCAGAUUAUCUGCAAAUCAAUAAAGCGAAACAGUAGAUUAUAUAACAUAUGAGGAGUUAAUCAGGAGAAAGCUAACGUGAUGGAGGGUUCUAAAAGGAAGAGAUGAUGCAAGAUGGGGCGAAACCAAAUCUCUGUAGUAUGGAGAAUGAUUGGAUCAUAUGAAAUCUAACAAUGCACGUCAAGAUUAGUAAACAAGCUAGCCCAGUUUAGCCCAGUUACAGAAGAAAUAUCAAAUCCAGAUGAAGAGAAGCAUCAAUGAUCCAAAUAAGCACCAAGAAAUUGCAGGAGGAUGUAUACCAUGGGUGAUGGUACAAGAUUAGAUAUUUUUGAGGAAAGAUCUGAUUCUUUAUGAGGAGAUAUUAAGCCAUGAUAUAUUAAGCCAUAUUAUUAAGGAAUAAUAAAUCAGAAGAUAAAAGCCUGUUGGGUAUAGAAUAUAUAUAAGUGAAUGAAUAUAUGCCACAUGCUUGUGAGAAAGGAAAAUGAUGAGUGAAUAGUAGGUCCAGAUUCUCUGGAAAUCCCAGCCCUUGGAAGAAUAGUAUACUGGAAUAAUGAAACAUAUAGAAACUAAUUAUUAGGUAGGCAAACACAAGCAAAGGAGGGUAGGUCAGACAUAGAAGCAGAUCAGGCUAUGGAAGUAAGAAGGAAUAUAAAUAUUCUAAGAAAUUAGUAGAGUAGGAGGAUGCAAUAUAAGGUAAAAUGGAUAUAAAAUAUCAAAUAAUGGCAAAUAGGACAAAAUAUGUUAUGCCAGAGGACAAAAGACCUUGAAACAACAAUACUUUCUAGUUAAAAAAAUGAAAUAAUAAAAUAAAACUCUUCCUAUGGGGUUCGAAGAAGAAGAGAAAAGGUCCAGAUGUAUGGACGUUUAAAAGAAGGAUUACAGCUGAACUGAGAAGAAGAACAAAUUCUGAGUAAAGUUUGAAUAAAAGGCACUGAGGGGUAAAGAAUUGUAUUAGUAGUGACCAUGAUAAUGAGUAAAAAGACCAUAGUAUGAAGGAGGAAUUAUAGGUUGAUGGAGGAAUUAUAGGUUGAAUGGUAAAUCCCCAAAAUGUGAGCCAGGCAAGGGAAUGAGUAGACACCAAUUAUUGAAAGAAAGGCCAUACAAUUAGAGACUACCUGGAAAUAGCAAUAUAGUGCUGUGACCUUUUGUAAUAAUGUAUAAGAAGAUAUCCAGGAUACAGGUUAGUAAAAGGCCAUAUAUGCAAUGUAGAACAAGGUCAGAAGAACACAAAGUUCUAGAAAAGAACACAA